AUGUCAAGUACCUCAAGGACUAAUACACCACAAAAUAAAAACACCCACGCUUCUGCAAAUGCCAGUAGAAUUACUACUACUCCAUUCCAAAGAUUAAUUUUAUUAACAAAAACGACCCAAUUUGCCUGGUUUGUUGGCCAUUUCACUACAUUUUUAUCUUUUAUCUUUUACAAUUUAAACGGUUUCCCUCAAUUUUUAUACAACUUAUUCUAUGUUGGCGUGUUGGUAUCGUUUGGUGUUCAAUUGUACCAAUGUCAUUUCUCAACUCGUCGUGGUGCUGCCGGUAUUUCCAAUAACAUACAAGGCUUAAUUUCAGAUGUCAAUUUCCCAUAUUUUAUAAUGGCUAUUUUAUGGCUGUUAACACCAGUUAAUGUGAUUGGCUGCUUGCCAUUUUUUAUAUUCUCUUUGUUUCAUUCACUAACUUAUUUGAAAUCAAUUUUACUUCCACAAGUGUUUAAUCCAAACCUACCAAUAAUUUCGAAAAUUAACUCCUUUUUAGUUACGAACCAAGAAAGGAGUAUGAUCUACAGUGCUAAUUUAGAAUUGGCCUGUUUAUUUUCCGUUUUUUUCCGUGCUUUGCUUUGGAGACCUAGAUCAUGGAUUGUUUUAAUUGCUUACAUUUUGUUUAUUAGAACCAGAUAUCAUGGCUCUAUUUUUAUGCAAGACAGUAUAAGACAUUGGGUAGUUAGAUUAGACGGUGUUUUGAGCUCACCAAACGUCAAUAUUAAAAUCAAGAUGGCUUAUACUAGAUUGAAGGCCUAUAUUGAAAGAUUUGAUUUAUUAGUUUCUCAAUAUACUCGCAACCUAGUGAAGGGUAAUACUAGUGGUAGUAGUGAUAAAGAUGCUGCAGAAACUAAGAGACAACAGUGA